GAAAUAAUAGGUGCGUUUUCAAAUUUCUCCGGCGUUGGUGACCUGUUUAUGGUUCCCAAAACCAUCGACGUAUUUUUAUCCAUCUGAAAACGACAGGCCUUUCAAAUAACUUUUAGUAACAUAACCAAGUUUGGAGAGUCGUGGAUGCUUAACAUAAGAUAUAAGUUUGAUUAUAGUAAUGUGAACACCUUUGGAGGUGCAUAGAGGGGAAAAACGUGGUUUCAACACCCAGACGAGAUUAAUCAUUGAAUAUAUUGAAUAUGGCUGGCUUGUCACAGGUCAAGCCCAGAUGGUUGUAGCCGCUGACCCACCUUCGACAGGGAGGAUUGCUUGAAUGUUUAAUGAAUCAAAGUUUUCUAGCGCCAACGGAGAUGACUUGACAGAAGAACUUGGAAUAUCACACACACGAGUGGUGUCUCGAAUACAAAGUCAUUCUUCUUGAUAUCAAAAGGCCCAGUUAUGGCAAAGGCUAUUAAAGAUUUUGUGCGGAACAUUUUCCCUUCUUCCCUAUUUGAAAAGGGAAAUGCAGCUCACCAUGGCAGUAAAGAAUACCUCCAUGUUGAAAAUCAGGAAGAUAGCGGCGAGGAGGAUAUAGUUUAUCCGAGUGAGGAAAUGACAAGAAACAGCCAAGAAGCAGAAAAAUCACAAAAUACGUCAGCUUUGCAAGCAGCUUGGAAUGUUUUAAACUUGAUUCAAGGUACAGGCACCCUUGGCGUUCCGUUUGCUGUCAUGCAAGGUGGAUACAUGUCGUUGGUAGCCAUUGUCAUCGUCUCGAUAAUCACUAACUACACUGGCAAACUCAUCGUCGAGUGUUUGUAUGAGAAGCCAUUUAGUGAUCAGGGUACACGUGGAGUCCGCCUUAGGAAUAGCUACGCCUUGAUAGGUCAGGCCUGUUGGAAAAAGCACGGUUCAGCGGUCGUGUGGGCAGCCCAGGUGAUGCAACUCGCGUGCGCGUGCGUGCUGUACCUCUUACUUGUGGCGGACUUUUUUAACGACUUGUUCGAGCACCACUCUCUGUCCUACUCCCUGUGGAUCAUCAUCGCUGGCUUUCUUCUCCUGCCUUCAGUGUUCCUGAAUCAGUUCAAACGCAUCUCUUGGCUCAGCAUGUUUAGUGUCGUAGCACUCGUGAUGGUUUUUGUGUCGGUCAUUGGGUAUGGCGUGACAAAGCGUUACGAAUGGGAUUUCAACCUUGGCGUGACAACGCUGGAGGGCUUCCCCGUGGCUUGGGGUAUCAUUCUCUUCAGUUUUGUUUGCCAUCCGUAUUUACCAGGCAUCGAAGAAAGCAUGGAGAAACCAGAGGAGUUUAACAGCAUCAUGAACUAUUCCUUCCUGGCGUCAGCCCUGACCAAACUGACUUACGGCUUCAUUGCAGUCUUGACCUUCAAGGACAAUACUCAGCAAGAAAUCUCUGAGAAUCUACCGGCAGGAGCUCUACAAAACACGGCAAACUCCCUCCUCGGACUGAACGGCAUGUUUUCUUAUGCCCUUCCUUUGUUCACGCUCGUAACCAUUGUGCACAAAGCCCAGUUUUCGUGUCUCCCGCCAUGCAUCCCUGACGAGAAACACCCGCUGACCGUUAAGGAACGCGCCAUGAUCUACUCAUUGCGGGCGAUCUUUGUGAUUUUCACAGUGAUGGUUGCAGUGUUGCUGCCACAGUUCUCGUUGUUGAUGGCAGUGAUUGGCAGUAUAUCAGGUGUUUUGCUCACGCUAGUUUUCCCGUGUCUUUUUGACGUCAUUCUUCAUCUUGAUCACAUCAGCACAAGGCGUUACGUCAUUAAUUUGCUCAUCGUUUGUGUAGGAGUCCUGUCGGGUGGCUUUGGUUUGGUGUUUUCGCUGAUAGCGAUAAUGAAAUCGUACGUUCAGUAAUGCAAAAUAAGAAACGGUAUUAGUUGUACAUAUUAAUAUGGGCAAAAUAGCCUAGGGUGUAGUCAGAGAGGCAGCUCUAGUUUUCGUUAAAGGUGCUCGUUCCUAAUUUGAAAAGCUUACGGGAUUCUGUUCAAUCCAUUGUGAGAGCUGGAAUCUCUGCGGAUUACCUCGACCGGCCAUUCGAGGGGAAAUUACUUGUUUUAAUCACCAUUGUCUUACGACAAAAGAUUCAGAAGACAAAAUAAUACCCUUACCAAACUGAAAUAGCUCGCACGGCAACUAUCAGAGAUCAGAGAAGACCGUUGGUAUUGCUCAGAAAUGAGGCCAGGAGUAUGUUAAGAUUUGGUCAUAAUAUGUGAUACACACUCGUUUUACAUUAGAAGUUCAAGCUUAUCUUUUUAGCUGACUAAACAGAUAAAGAUUUUCUCUUUCCCGCCAAACAUGCCGGUUCCCCUAAACCUCUAUAAAUAGAGGCAUGCGCAAUUUAAUCGGAAGUCCGAUAUGUUUGGACUUCAGAUCGGAUCUUUCCAGGGUCGCUCGUUUUCCGACCGCUGGUUAAGAGGAACAAAGAUUCUAGGUACGAGGUUGUUCACGUCUCAGAGCCAGACAGUAAGGGGUUUAAGAGAACCACAACGCCGGGCAACGGGAACGUCGCUAAACAAAAGGUGUAAUGAGCAAUGAAUGGCACGUGCAUUAUAAUUCUUGGUACACUUCUUUGCCGCCCUCUGCAAAACAACCUUGUCAAAUGACUAAGCAAUUUCUGCGUUGUCUGGACAACGUGAACCACGACGGAUAAUUUUUAUAAUUUAUAUUCCGAAAAAUACGCUGUGUUUCAUAUUCGGUUUUGACAAAGAGAAACAGAUUAAAUAACUUUUAGAGUAUCGCGAGAUUCGUAGGCAAAAUAUAAAUUCGACGUUGUCCUUGGCGUUCACGUCGUAGGUACUUAAACUCCCCAGUGUUUUUAUAUCUGUGAUACUAGUCGGCACUCUCAUUUAGGCUGGGGAGAGCAGUUACACUUCUGGUUAAGUCACUCCCUACCUUAGUGCAAAGAACGCUGACGCUAAUUUGACUGCGUAUCAUUUUGGAGGUCCUAGCUAACAGACGAUGAUCUGGCCCUAGCUCGGUUCCAAAAAUGUCAUUUGCUGUACUGAAAAAUAAAUAAAUAAAUAAGUAAAUAAAUAGAAAAUACACUAGUGUGUUUUAGAGGGUUCAAAUAAAUUAAGAGUGGAAACGUGUUGCUUCUCCUUAGCGGCUUGCUUAUUUCUCCCGUUAAAAUUCUCUGUUGAAGAGACCAAAGACUUUCAUUGAGAAAGGAGAGGUCUUUGGAAAACACGCGCGUUAGAACAAAGCUUUGAAGGUCGAAGUUGUCCUAUUUUGACCAAUAGGGGUCGUGUUAGGCCUGUCAACCAUUUGCAAGGUCAAAAUGUUGACAAUUAAGAUCUUGCGGGAAAAGUCUUGAAAAUGCAAGAUCUUGCCUGCAAAAUAUCGAAUAUUCAAGAUCUUUCCGGGGAAAAGAUUGAGUGAAAAGAUUGAAAAUUCAAGAUAUUGCCGGAAGGAUCUUGAAAAUUAACUCGCCACUGGUAACUCACCAUUGCUAA